CCUAUUUUGUUCUCCCUCUUAAAACAAUCUAAAAUGAGGAAAAAAUGAAUUAAAAAAAAAAAGAGAUAUCGAAGGGUUUGAUACUAUGCGAUAUUGAAAGAUAAAAAACAAAUACAAAAGGGUUUUAUGUGAAGACAGAAAAGAUGGUGAAGGGUUUUAGUUUUGACUUUGGUCAAUUCCAUUGAAAUAAAAAAAAAGAUGAUGAACAUAAUAAAAAAUGGCGUGCUUCCAUUGACGAAGCUCCAUUAUCAAUGGCGUGGAAUAGCUAAAGUGCGUCUGAAAUGGGUAAAAAAUAAAAGCAUCGAUCACAUCAUCGACAAAGAAACCGAUCUCAAAGCCGCUUCACUUCUCAAAGAUGCAAUCAAACGUUCCUCCACCGGUUUCCUCACCUCCAAAUCAUUCUCCGAUUGGCAAAAGCUUCUCGGAUUAACCAUCCCCGUUCUUCGUUUCAUGCGUCGGUAUCCAACUCUCUUCCAAGAAUUCCCUCACCCUCGUUGGAACUCUCUUCCGUGUUUUCGUUUAACCGAAACCGCACAGUUAUUAGAUUCACAAGAACAAAAGAUUUACACUCUUCACGAAAACGACACCGUUGAGACACUCUCCAAAUUACUAAUGAUGACCAAAACUCGCACCAUUCCUCUUCAGUCUCUUUAUCCUCUCAAAUUUGACCUAGGUUUUCCCGAUUCGUUUGAGAAAACCCUAAUUCCUAAAUAUCCUAAUCAAUUUCAAUUUGUUAAGUCACCUAAUGGUGUUUCCGCUGUUCGCCUUACGAAUUGGUGCGAAGAAUACGCGGUUUCGGCUUUGCAGAAGAGUAAUCAAUGUGAGAGUGAUCAGUAUAGAGAGUUUAAGAGAGGGAAAACUGCGUUGGUUUUUCCGAUGAGGUUUCCGAGGGGUUAUGGUGCUCAGAAGAAGGUUAAGGUGUGGAUGGAGGAGUUUCAGAAAUUGCCUUAUAUUUCGCCUUAUGCUGAUUCAUCUAAGAUUGAUCCUAAAAGUGAUUUGAUGGAGAAGCGCGUUGUUGGAGUUUUACAUGAGAUUUUGAGUUUAACUUUGCAUAAGAAAACUAAGAGGAAUUACUUGAGAAGUAUGAGGGAAGAGUUGAAUCUUCCUCAUAAGUUUACUAGGAUUUUCACUAGAUAUCCUGGGAUAUUUUACCUCUCUUUGAAGUGUAAAACUACUACUGUUACUCUUAGAGAAGGGUAUGCAAGGGGAAAAUUGGUGGACCCGCAUCCUCUUGCUCGCCAUAGAGAUAAGUUUUACCAUGUGAUGAAGGUGGGGCUUCUUUAUCGCAGUGAUGGCUCUAAUUUGAAACUUGAGGAGGAUGCUUUGAUGGUUGAUUCUGUGGAGGAUGAUGAAAUGGGAGAUGAGCAUUUUGAGGAUGAAGAAGUUGAAACAAGUGGUGAAUUUUGUGAGGAUGAAGUUUCAGACUCAGAUGACAGUGAAUGAGGUUUUGUUUUCAAUGAUGCGGAAUUGUAAUUUGUAUUCACUUUGAUAGCUGCAACUGGAUGAUCACUUGGAAGAAAUUAUUUGAUCUCCACCCAACUGGUUGGUGGGAGGUAUCAUGGAAAUACGAAGAUCAGUCUUCUUUGUGCAGAAUAGCGAAUAGAAAGGUUAUGUAUUGGCGGGAGUAACAUUAAUUUAUCUUGUUUGAGGUCUGCUUGUUGAAAGUUUUUGUAAUUUUAUGUUUGUGUUUGAUGCAAGUUAUAGCAAGCAUGGUCCACACUAUUAUAGGUGAUCCAUGCAAGGCCAUCGGUUUAAAUAAAUUUCCAUCCUUAGGUUUAUCUAUUCUUGGCAACCUUAUUAUAUGCCCUUUGUACCAAAAUAACAUUUCAUCUCUCUUUUUCUCUUCCAUUCAGCCUUCACCCUUCUCCCCAUCCAGCACACAAGCUUGCAAUGGUUAUCCUCUGCAUUAUAUAGGUGGCAAAUCGAGUAUUACGGAGGAGGAUUUUGGUUAUUUUGCGCACAAGUGAUUCCUUUUCUCUCUAGUCCUUUCUCAAAUUUCCAUUUAUCUACCAACAAUACUGUCACUUUUAGUUUUUAAUGAUGCAGUUAUUGUUUUUUGUGUCAAAAAACAUUGCUCUGCAAUCAUUAAAAACUAAAAAGAGGCAGCAUUGUAGAUGUACAAUGAAAGCAAGCUUUAUAAAUAUGCACAGUUUUCUCAAAGAUUUUGGAAGGUUGGCGAUGAUAAGAGUUUAGGGCCAAUAAUGAAGAUUCUUUUAGGGAGAGAUAAUGUGAAGAUAAACCACAAUAGAAUCUUGUGAACGCGUAAUUUGAUGGUAAAUAUUUGUGGUGGUCCAUGCUAUAA